AUGCGAGCAACUCUUCCGAUCCUUCACUUUAACGAUGUCUACCGAGUCAGCACGCAAAAGCUCUCUGGUGGCCGGACAAUCGAUGUUACACAGUUUGCAGCUAUGCUCGACAAUCUUCGCGAGGCAUGGCCGAAGCAGCACAAUAGGAUUUCAGAGGGGCUUGUACUGUUCUCCGGUGACUUGUUUGCGCCAUCCGUAGAGAGUUCGAUAACUCGCGGCAGCCACAUGGUUCCUGUGAUUAAUGAGCUUGCUCCUGACGUUGCUGUCGUAGGAAACCACGAGUUUGAUUUCGGUUACCCGCAGUUGACGAAGCUGCUGGACAGCACUAAAUUUCCCUGGCUCCUCAGUAACAUAGUUGACGAAGCAACUGGUAAAGUACCGGAAUAUUUACACGAGUUUCAUAUUCUCGAGCGAUGCGGUGUCCGAAUUGGGUUCAUUGGGCUGGUGGAAAGCGAGUGGAUUGCAACUGUUCCUGCCUGGCCGGAAAGUUUCAAGCACAAGAACAUGGCAGAAGUAGCUAUGGAGCUGUCGCAACUUUUGAGAAACCCCGAUGGCGAGUACCAAUGCGAUCUCAUAAUCGCGCUCACCCAUUCCCGUAUACCAAAUGAUAUCUUGCUCGCAAAAAGCAUCGGUGCACUUUCACCAGCCCAUCAGAGGUCUGAUUUUGUCUCAACCCAUGGAGCGGAUAUCAUACUCGGUGGACAUGACCAUCUUUACUACGCGUCGAGAGGUGUAACUUCGUGGGAUGGAUACGAUGCCAAGCAAGAAGUCUUAGGUGCAGAACUGGAUGAGGACGUUCUCAUUGUAAAAAGCGGUACAGAUUUCCGUGAUCUAAGCGAAAUCAUUCUCGAGGUCGAGGAUACGCCAGAAGGAAGUGUGAGGCGGAAGAUUAUAAAAAGCGUAAGAGGAAAGCGACACCAAACUCAGCCAAACUCGCCAUCGUCCCAAAAGCUUAAAGAUAUUCUAUCAAAGACUUUAGAUACGGUCUCAAACGCGAUUAAGAAACCAGUUUGUAUGGCUUCCGGGAUGCUCGACCUUCGAUCGGAGUUUCUACGCACGUCGGAGUCUGCGACCGGAAACUGGUUUGCAGAUGUCAUUCACCACGCUUACGAUGAUCCACUCAGCAAGAUGGGAAUUCACGCCGCGCACGGCACAUUAUUGUGUGCAGGUGCUCUCAGGGGAGAUACGACUUACGGUCCUGGCAAGAUUGCACUUGGUGAUAUCAUGGAGAUUCUUCCUUUUGACGACAGCAUUGUUGCUCUCGAACUUGAUGGCUAUACAAUUUGGGAAGUGCUCGAGGUGGGUCUUAGUACGUGGCCGGCACAUGAAGGGCGUUUCCCUGUUAUUUCCGGCUUUCGUGUAAACUGGGACUCGAGAAAGCCCCCCGGACAACGUGUUCAAAAUAUUGCAGUUCCAGUUCAUGAUUGCAAAGGCAAACCUGCAAGCAUAGACUCAAUGUCUGACGAGCUUGAAGAGUACGAAGAAAUCAUACGCGAGCGUGGUGGACGGAAAUAUGUCGUAAUAACCCGGGAAUAUAUGGCGGACGGCCAUGACGGUUUUGACUGUUUGAAAGGCCAGAAAAUGCUCAUCGAUGACGAACAAGGCCAAAUGAUGAGCACGAUCGUUCGCAGGUAUCUUGGUACGUGCCUCAACAUGCAAAGGGACAGGAGAGUUUUGAUUGCUUAUGUUGCUCUAGAAACCGAACAUCGAGACAACGUGCAUCAUCCCUCUCAAGAGCACGAAAACAUGGGUACCCCCAAAACGAAACAAUCGAUCUGGGCUUCAGAGCGCGCAACACGAAGCGCUUGGGGAAUGAAGGUGCUUCUUAGUAAGGAUACGUUAGGACGAGCAGGAAACAACAUCCGCCGAUCCCUCACUUACAUGCAUGCAGUUAUACAGUUCUCUGCGUAUUAUUGCAUGUUCUUUGCGUUAGCUAGCAGGGAGAACAGCCUCAGGGCGGAGAACAUUAAAGAGAAGAUAAAGAAGUACCAGGUGGCAAACCAACCUGCGGAUGUGCAUUUGCCAGUUGUGGCACCAUUCAUAGACGGACGGCUGAGAGACCUAGCCCGCACACAGUAG